AUGGAAAAUAUACAGCAAUUUGAUUAUAUUAUAUAUGGAACAGGUCUUACAGAGUCUAUUCUUGUCUCUGCAUGUUCAGCAAGAAAUACAGUACUUAAUGUAGAUAUUAAUCCAUAUUAUGGGAAAGAUUAUGGAUGUUUAAGAUGGGAUGAGCUAAAGAAAUGGGCGGAAGAACUUAAAUCAAAUAAAGAUACGGUAUAUUAUGAUUCAGAGUUGAUAAUCAAUGAUGAAGAAUGUAUGGAGGGGUCGAAGAUGUAUUGCUUUAAUCUUACGCCAUCUCUUAUAUAUUGUAAAUCAAAAAUAAUUGAUUUGAUUAUAUCAUUUAAUCUUCAAUCAUAUCUUAACUUUAAAUCUUUUGAUUCAUCUUUAAUCUAUGAUGAAUCAUAUGAAAAUGGAUUUUCAGAGAUUCUGUAUACUAAGGAAAUGCUGGCCUUUAAUAAAAAUGUAGAUUUUAUAUGGAAACGCAGGGUGAUGCGUUUUAUUGAGUUUAUAUAUGAUAUUAUAUCUGGAAAAGGGCAAGAAAUAUUAAAUGGUCAUGAGGAUGAUCUUUUUGUCGAUUUUAUUUCAUCAGAACCAUUUGCAUUACCUACUUUAUAUAUAAACAUGUUUUUAUACGGUAUUGCGCUUUCUUAUGUACCCAAUAUUACUGUUAAGGAAGCUCUUCCAAAAAUAAAACAGUUUUUUUCAUCUUUAGGAAUUUUUACAAAGUUUGCAAUAUUAAAUUGUUCAUUUGGUACUGGAAGUGAAUUGAUUCAAGCAUUAUCAAGAAAUGCCGCAUUAAAAGGCGCUACAUUCAUUUUAAAAAAACGAAUUACAUCUUAUACUAUUGAUGAUAAAGAAGAAUAUCCUGUUACUGUCACUUUUGAUGAUAAUCAAAAGUUCAAAUGCAAAAAACUUAUUACAUCAUAUCAAAUUGGAAAUUAUCAACCAAACACUAUAAUACUAGACAAAACACCACUUUUACGUUCAAUUUGUCUUAUAAAAGGUGAUCUAUCUCACAUUCUUAAAAAUAAUAAUAGUAUAAUAUUUUCAUUUCCUCCUCAUUCACUAAAAUCAAAUCAAUUUCCUAUACAUCUUAUUAUUGAUGGUUCUGCAACUGGUAAUUGUCCCAAUGGACAAUGUUAA